AUGGCUGAAAAAUAUCGCACGUACGCGAUACCACAUCCUCAGUGGAAAGACUUCCCUAACAAUCUGCCGCCGAACACACGUGUUGACCGUAUGACUCGAGACCGUAUUUCGAUUGAUCCAGAUCCAGCUCUAGAUAUCUUCGAAAUUACGGUCAAGACUCAGCAUACCGUUCGCAUUUACCGGCGCAAAGAUGCAUCAAUCCUGCCACUGUUCGUGUACCAACAUGGCGGAGGUUUCGUGACCGGUGGAUUGGAGACCGAUGACAAGACGUGCCGCGCAAUUGCCAAAAGAUGCAGCAUUUGUGUCUUGAGUAUCGAGUAUCGCCUCGCACCUGAGCAUCCCUUUCCAGUUGGCUUCGAAGAUUGUUGGGAGGUUUUGAGCUGGGCAAGCACCAAGGAAGCAGAAGUGCAGCUCAAUUUCGACUUGAAAAAAGGUUUUCUAGUUGGUGGCACAUCAGCUGGAGCAAACUUCACUGCUGGCUUGGCGCACCGUUACCAUCACUCUCCUCCGUCUCCAUCCUCUGCCCCGAUAACAGGCUUGGCCUUCUGGGCCGGAUCGUGGUGCCACCCAGACGUUCGUCCAGCACAUCUUAAGCCUUACAUCUUCUCCGUUGACGAGAUAGAUGACGCUCCAGGACUAACCAAGUCUUCGAUUGAUUACUUUUGGAAGAAGUAUGGAGCACCAAAGGACGAUGUCAGGUACUCUCCUUUACUCCACGAAGAGGCGGAGUGGAAAGGAGUGGCCAAUAAGGUGUACUUUGCUAUAUGUGGCUGGGAUCCAAGACGUGACGAGGCGAUUCUAUUUGCAGACAUGCUGAGAAAACAAGGGCUAGAUGUGAAGAACAAGGUGUAUUCAGGUUUGUCACAUGGUUUCUGGACCACGUGCCCUGAGUUACCAAUUAGUGAGGAGUGGGAACAAGACACGUUGGCAGGUAUUGAGUGGAUACUUCAAUGA